AUGCCUGCGUUUACCAUCCAGAGGAAGAGGAGGACUUGUAAACCAGCAUUUACCGUGCAGAGGAAGAGGAGGACUUAUAAACCAACAUUUACCAUCCAGAGGAAGAGGAGGACUUAUAAACCAGUAUUUACCAUCCAGAGGAAGAGGAGGACUUAUAAACCAGCAUUUACCAUCCAGAGGAAGAGGAGGACUUAUAAACCAGCAUUUACCAUCCAGAGGAAGAGGAGGACUUAUAAACCAACAUUUACCAUGCAGAGGAAGAGGAGGACUUAUAAACCAGCAUUUACCAUCCAGAGGAAGAGGAGGACUUAUAAACCAGCAUUUACCGUGCAGAGGAAGAGGAGGACUUAUAAACCAGCAUUUACCUUCCAGAGGAAGAGGAGGACAGAAACCAGCAUUUACCAUGCAGAGGAUGAGGAGGACUUAUAA